UCUACCGUCAACGCGCCGCGGAUUCCCCGCCCUCCUCCCCGUCUGCUCCCCGCCAUCAACGCGCACGCGACCUCUGCUCUCCGCCAUCAACGCUCACUGCAUGCCUCACCCUCUCCCCGCCAUCAACGCGCCGCAGAUCCCCCACCCUCUCCCCGCCAUCAACGCGCAAGCGGAUGCCACGGAUCCGCCUAUCCGCCAUAAACGCCGAUCCAUAGAUCCACGCUCGCCCUGCCUCCUACGACACCAACCGAACCCUCAACCUCUCCUACGACACCUUCUCCAGCCCGCUCCCCGACGACAUCGAGCGCCUGGCUUUCACAGCGGCGGGACAUGGAGGAUGAACGAGCACCGGGAGAGAGUCGGUUAGAUCUAAAUUUCCGUGGAGGUGAGCUUGGACGAGGUCAGGUAUGUCGCCUCCUUCUCUUCCUCCACCGACUUCUACACGCUCCAGGCUUGCGCUGGUGUUGCCAGCCAUUCCUUGUGCUCGACCUCGCGUCUGCGUUGGACUCCGCCCCUCUGCCACCGUCUCCAGCGCCGACGUUGAAGAGACAACGAAGGCGUCCACACUAGCCCAUGCCCCCGCCUGCCUCCGUCCCCGCGACACCCAGCCCCCAAACCUCGCCCGCUCCCCGCGUGAUGGCCGCCCAUCCCGCCGUGCCCACCCCCUACCCCCACCAACCGCCGGAGCCUACCUCGCCUAGCCACUUAAGCGGGGAAUCCACCCGUCGGCGCCGAGAGCGAGGAGCCUGGAUCCAGGAGCGGGCAGGCCGAGUGGGCGGGAGGGGGCGAGGACCUGCACCUCUGCAUCGACGACAGCCAGGCAAGGUGGCACGCGCCGCCCGAGCAUGCUCACCCUGCAGUUCCCGUGGGGUACCCGCUGCUCGCACGCCUGUCGGUGCGUGGGCUCAACCUCAGGGCCGUCAACAACGCCAUGGUUGCCAUGCUCGAGGUCAUCCACCUCCACUCCGUCUUCCUCACCGACGCCUCGCUGCGCCGGAUGGUCGCCGUCUGCCCCUGCCUCCAGAACCUUGACCUCCGCUACUGCUGUCGCCUGGUUGCGUCAACUUCACCAAUGUCGGGGUGCGCAGCCUCACGAGCUUCACCGUCGUCGACUACAUCCACACCACCGAGCUGUGGGUCCUGGUACCGGUCACGCCCUGCCUCUGCUCCUUCCGCUUCAGCGAGUGGCAGGCUAUCACUUCACUCGAUAUCAAUACGCUCGAUCAGUAGAUGUAGCGAACAAUCUAAUGAAGAAAUAGUAUACGAUGAUAAAUCAUGGGCUAGGGCGUGACCGGUACCAGAGGCAUCUCUGUGAAAUCGAGCGGAAGGUGGUGGUGCUGAAUGACUCCUUGAUGGCCAAAUUUCGUGAUAGUUUAUGGGUAGUAUGUGCACGGGCUUGAGCCUUUACUUUAUUUGAGUGAAGUGCAUGAGAAGGGAGUUCAUGAUCUGUGGAGAGCGCCGACGGAUGAGAUUUGCCUGCCACUAAUGGUAUCACUGUGCCAACUGAAUUAUUUGCGUUUGCCACGCCAUGCUUGAUGGCUUUGCCUGCUGAUCUUAAGACUAAGGUAUUGCAUUUUUUACCUGGGGUUGAUCUUGCAAAGGUUGAGUGCACGUGCAAGGAAAUGAGGAAUCUUGCAUUAGAUGAUAGUAUUUGGAAGAAGCUUGUAUUCAAGUAUAAAAAUUAUGGUAAGGGCUGUAGGGGGCGAGCAAGAGUGCGAAGGCCAUAUUUGGAGAAGCUUGGCAGGCCAAUAAGAGAUGGCAGAAGAGGCCUAAUCCAACCUUUUGGUACAAUGGCUGGGGAAACAAUUCUUUUAGCCGUCCACUUAGGCUGCCAUUGAUGGUGGGAACUUAGACAGACUUCCUUUUAUUGGAAAUCAUGGUUCUGUAGGGCGUCACUUUAGAAAUAAACGAAGGAAUAUCUUGCUAAAUUGCAUUCUUGAUGGUCACCGGUCACCGCCACAACUUCCUUUGAAGCCAUGCCAAUGAGUUUGACUUGUAUAUUAAGAGUGGUCGGUAAGUAGUGCAUAGACGGUUAGAGCGCCUUGUUCUUAUCAAAUAUCAAUUAUCAUCAACUCACACAUUAUGCAUAUGCCUUAUCCUAAUAAAUCCCCCAGUACUCCUUUCUAUUUACACAGAAGGCUUUUGUGACUGCUAGAGAGUGAUAGACAAGGUCGAUAAUUGUAUGGUUUAAUUUCUUUCCAUUUUUUAUCCAAGAUUUUUUACUUGGUAAAUGAUGGUGAACUUUCGGCUUAGUGCAAUCGCAGGUUCAAACAGGCAUAUCUCUGAACACCUUGGGUUCUCUAGGCUAUGAGAUAGAUCAUGGAUCGAGAUGGAGAAUAGCAGUGUGUCAUUCUAAACUGGGUGAUCAGCCGAAAAGAUCCCAUGGAUAAUCAUUAAUGAUUAUGUGGUAUGUAAUUAGCAAUUUAGCUUGUCUGCAUUUAUUUUUUUUCCAACGAAACUAAUCACACUUUGGAUUAGCUUGAUCAAACGAGAGGUACUGUCAUAUCCAGCCAGGUUGUUUCUAAUUUAACAGAGGGAGGGAACCAACAAAGGCACUCCAUGGGGGAAUGGUUGUGGCCAGGUUUGUUAAUGGUGUUGCGGCUGCAAGCGUCGUGUGGCAUCUGUCGCGACCAAGCAUUACGAGACAGUCUCCUCCAGCGCUUUGCACUGCUCCUAUCAAGGUCAGCAUAUACCCAAGUCAUAGUUAUGUGCCCUUCGGUUUUACAUUAACUAGCCCUGAAAGUGCUCCUUGUUACUACAGUAUAGACGUAUAGUUUAGUCUCUACUGUGCUCUUUUUAGUCUCUCGGCUUGCUCUUGUAUAUAAACUAUUUUGUGUCAGUUGCUCUCGAGGUACUUGUCAUACAGCUAAAAAGCACCCACAAAUCUACUCCUAGCACAAUUGGUUUGGUUACAUGAAAUAUCUGUUUCACAGAUGUGUAGAGCAUGGUGUAAAUGAUUCCUAUGUUGGCUGCUACUUUCGUUUACACAAAUUGAUUAUGUUGUUAUCAAUUUUGUGUAAAUGAUUAUUUUGUGUAAAUGAUUAUUAAUGAUUGUUUUGUGUAAAUGAUUCCUAUGGUGUAAAACCAUGGCUCAAUCAGCUACUAUCUGAAGCUACUGUUAGGUGGUAAUGUGGUCAGCUACUAUCUGAACCAUGGUAAGCUAUAGGUUGGAUGGUCUGACGAUAUCACUCACUAGCAAAACUGUGAGAAAUAAAUUAACUGGACUAUAUGUUCACUUGGAAAUAUAAUCAGCUAAUUGCAAAACAAAGUGAAUAUCAGUUAAUUGCAAAACAAAGUGAACAUAUAAUCGAGAGCAUCCAUCACUCUAGACUACUAAUGUGUACUGAGUGGUGGCCAUGCUUGUGCCCAUGGCCAGGGAUUCGAGUUCCCUACUGUUCCUGCAACACCCUAACCAUGUUCCCCACCUGGCCGAUUCGAACAUAGCACACACACAUUCCUCGAAAGCACUCCCACAUGUUUACAGCGGUAGGACACAGGGAAAAUCCAAGAGAAUGAAACACAUUUACAGUAGUCAUGCUUCCAUUUUAAUGUUAGUAUUACUUGGAUAUCCUUUUAAUGUUUCUACAUGGUUCUUUUUCAUUGGAUAUAUAAAAGGAAUCAUUUACAAUCUCUUGGAUUUGUGGGUUCUUUUUGUGUGUUUACUAAAUUCCAAAUUUUUGUUUACCUUUAUCUCAAAAAUUAAGCAAAAAUUUGAAGCUAAAUUAGUCUGGCAUAGAAAUAAGAUUCAGGCAACAAAUGAACUUCAUUAAACUCAAUGGAGAUAAACACUAUUUUUUAGCCACAUUAAACAUGCUAUUGGUUCUGCAAUCACGACUAAAGGUUUGUUAAUCAAUGGUCAUAGCUCAGGACACUACAUGUAUUGCAACAGAUCAUAGCUCGAGACAUAAGUACCAAGCAGCACUACCUAUAGAGUACUCUCCCUGCAUCAACUGGUUAUAAAAACAAACAGGAACAUUCUUGAUGUUGAAGCACAAAACCCUUGCUGGUAAAGGAAUUUUGGAUUUGAUUUAACCUCCACUUUUGUGACCUAAUGGUUUUGUUUUUUACGUAGAUGCACAUGGAGACGUUUGUAAUGAUCAUAAUAAAAAGGCUCAAGGAUGCCAACCUUUUCGUGUCACAAGGAGGGCUCAUCAUUCUGGAUUUUUUGUGUGUUUGGCGUAUAACCUCCCAUUGUGAUUAUUCCUAAUUUCAGUAGUUAUCAGUAGCCCCAUGAUUAUAUUAUUGAAUUGUUGUGUUCAAGUGUACUCUAAAUAAUAUAUCAUGAUAGAAAUUUAAAGCUUGUGCAGUAUGUUUCAGUCCUAUGGUAGUUAUAUUUUGCACCAAACCAUUUCACCAUUUUUCUUUGCUUCAUGAUAUGACUCCCACUCUCUUCGGUCUUUGCUAAUUAUUUGACCCAAAAGUGACCCUAUAGUUUGGGUGAACUUGUGAUGUUGUUCUUUGUUUCAGCUUUCUAAUUUCUGUUGUGAUUGGUUUGAUAUGUCAUUGAUGCUUUCGUUAUUAAACAUGCUGCUUCUAUUUUAUCUUCAUCUAUCUAAAUGAUGUUUCCUUUCAGGUCACUCUUAUUGGCAGUCUAGAAAUGCCAAAGGAUGACAUAUGGCUUGUCACAGCUAUCCUAUCUGGUCUCAUUGAAUAAUGUGCGAAGAUAUAAGUCACUGGCUAUCAAUUUCUGUGAAUCAGAUCUUUCUUGGCCUCCUAUCUUCGCCUCCAGCUGGGAUGAGUCUGUCUCAUUACGAUGGGGUGAUCUUGGGCUUUCUGUUUCACAUAUCUUCAGGCCUGUGCCUGGAUGCUGUACCAUGCUUGGUCCUAUGAAUAUUGAAGUAAAGCAACGGAAAGUUGUAGCUGUUGGUAGGAAACGGACUGCACGGCCAACAGAAAAUACCUGUCCUGAAGAGCUUGCUGAGUCUUCAGAGGAAGUAAAGACAGACACUGACAGGAAUGUCUUAGUUAUGUUUGAUAUCCUCAGGCGAAAGAAGAGCGCAAAAUUGGAAAACCUUGUGUUGAAUAGGCUUUCAUUUGCCCAAACAGUUGAAAAUGUUUUUGCACUAUCUUUCUUAGUGAAAGAUGGUAGGGUGGAAAUAACUGUAGAUGAUAGCGGGCAUAUAGUACGGCCAAGGAAUGCACCUGCUGCUAGCGCUAUAGCCUCAGGAGAAGUCUCAUACAGUCAUUUUGUUUUUAGAUUUGACUUGAAGGACUGGAAGCUUAUGAAAGAAGUUGUUACAGAGGGAGAAGAGCUGUUGCCACAUAGGACUUCCCAGAGCAAUCUUUGCAACGAAGAAAACGACCAACCAAAUCUGGAGGUACGUGCACAAAUAAUGCCUAUCAGGAAGAAGAGCUCGUGCUUAUCUGAACUUCCAGUUGUGCCAGCGGAGUAGGGCUGUAAUUAUAAAUUGUUUGAAGUUCUGGUCACAUCUUGCAACUACAGAAUGGUGUUUGUAGGGCUGAGUGUAACUAGCUAGCUUGGCUCGUGUUGGGUCAUUAAGGGUGUGUUUGGUUGGAUGUAUAUGGAGGGAUGGAAAGGGACGACCACAUAUUCUAUAGUGUUUGGAUUAGAGUCGCGUGGGGCGAGAUAAACAUCGGAGUAAUUUUUUGGUGGCGGUGUGAUUCAAAAAUUUGACUACUUUGAUCUCAAACUAAACAUAUUCUAACUCAUUUAUCAUGGCAAGAUAUGUCUCGGGUAAACUUGUUAGGCUGUCAUAACUUAUCCAUCCUAUCUCUUAUUUUAAAUUUUAUUUUUUUGUAAAUAUUAUAAUUUACAGUGCAAAAUAAUGUUUUACACGUCUAUAUAGACGAUCUACUACAAACAACCUUAAGAAAUGAGUUAAAAGUUUAGCUUAACAUCUUGAGCAAAUCAAUGCUAAAGAGAAGUUGCUCAAAUCAAUGCGUGAUUGUGAUCCUUCGUCUGUGCACCCACUGGAUUUGUAUAAGUUGUUUUCUUGUUUUUAUUUUUUUGUUAUUCCUACCAUUAAAUUGGGCAUUCAAUACAUGUUCAUUAUCUUUAUGCUUAUGCAAUCAAAUAAUGAUGGAAAAUAACUGACUUGGCUGCUCUCUUGAGUUGUGGCAACGGAAGUUCCAGGCCCCGUUGCAGCUGGGAGUGGUUUUAUACUCGCUGAUGACAUCAAGUCUUAGGUGCUUCCAUUGAUCAAUGACUCAGGGAAAUAUGGAGGGAUCAUGAUGUGGUUCAAGUACUAUGAUGAUCAAGAUGGCUACAAUUCUUGAGUGAAGAGUGAUGUUUAGGUUGUUGUCUGUGGUGUGUGACAAUAUCUGUGUGUUACUUGUGUGUAUGUGAGAAAUUAUGUGACUCUGGAGUCUGGAUAGUGCAAUAAGUAUUACUCAAGUAUAUGAUUGAAUCUUAUGUCAUACUAUUCAAAUUAUGUCA